AAAAAAACCAAACAAUAAAAAAAGGAAGCUCCAUUUCAAUUGUCAAAACACGACAGAGAGGUUCUGGUUGAACGUAAGAGAGAGGGGUUAAAUGUUGGGGAAUCCGAACGCCCUUUGGAAACGAGAUAGGUGCUUAUUUUCGUGUCGUUAAUGGCGUCAAUCCGCGUUAAUGCGCACCUCGAUACAUGGCCGAUUCCUGAAUUCCAGCAAUUCUAGGGUUUUAAAGCUCUGAAAAUUAGGGUUUUCAUGUCCGUUAUCUUUUUCGUUGUGAUCAAUUGUUCAUGUCGAUCUUUAUUUUUUGAUCGACAUCUAGGGUUCCAUUCCCCCCCGUCGUUUUGGAAUUAGCAUUUGGAAUUUUGCAGUCUUGUGCUCCACUAUAUUCAAUACGUUUGAUUAGGUGUUGUUUAGCGAUGAAUUUCGAUUUAUUCGGGCCUGGAUGUCUGGGGUUUCUUUUUGUUCUUUGAUUUCUUCGAGUUUGAACUUGAUGGUUGUAAGACGGUUACGCUGAAUUUUCCAGUUAUUUGUUGCAUUUCUGUUGAUUUACAGUGGAGAAACGGUUUUAGAUCCUGCUGAUUAUUCUUUGAUUUAUUUGUUUCGUUUCAUUUUUCAUUUGAAUUUGCUAUAGGAAAAGAAAGAUAAUUUACAAUCAGAUCUUUGCUGCGUGUUUAUCUGUUAAUGCUCAUCCUGCUCCUUUACUGUAAAAAUUGAUUUUGGUGAUUUAACUGAGGGCACUGAUUUCUAUUUUUGGAUUUUUUUAUUCUUUUGUUAAAAUUAUAGUUUUUUGACGUCUGGUCGUUGUUUUAGUUUAAUUUCUCUGUCAGGGGCCUUUGAUUUUUUUUUGUUUCCUUCUGGUAAACAUUACAAGUUUUAUCAACACAGCACAUUUAUCUUUUUCCUAUUGACUUUGAUGCUCUUGUGAGUUUCUGAAAUUUUCCAUAGUUUUGUUUUUUUCUGCUAAGAACUCAGCAUAGUACUUGUUACUUGAGUCUUCAUUUUAGUUUCAGUUUUUCCUAUUUCAAUAUCAUCCAUAGUUCCUCUCUAUCAAAGCAACUCUGUCCAUCAGUGGUUUACGAGAUCUAAUUCCUUAUAUUGAGGGCAUAUUUUUCCCACCAGUACUGUGUAAGUCAUCAGGCUUGAUCACGGACGGAUCAGGAAAUAUACAGCUUCACUAUCUCUUUGGCAUGUAAUAUUUAUUGGUGAAAUCAGAUGAGAAAACAAGAUCAGGAAAGGUUCAUAAGAACUUGAGGAGAUCGAUUUCUCAUGGGAAACACAUGCGUGGGUCCAAGCCUUACAAAGAAUGGAUUUUUUCAAACAGUUUCGGCUGCGGCCUCUGGCCCUUACAGGUUGUGGAGGGCAAGAACUCCAGAGGAGAUGCUCCCUCCUGAUAACACCGAAAACACAGAUGACCAUCAUCAGCCCAAUUCAAAAACAGAGACCCCACCAAUUCCCAACAAACCACCUGAAACUGUUAGAAUACAAGAAAAUGAGAGCAACCCCACCGAACCAACAAAACCCAAGAAGCCAAACUCUGCAGUAAUGAAGAGAAUUUCGAGUGCUGGUCUCCAAAUUGAUUCAGUGUUGCAGAGGAAAACCGAGAUUUUGAAGGAGCACUAUUCACUGGGCAGAAAGCUUGGGCAGGGUCAAUUUGGUACCACUUUCCUCUGCAUUGAGAAAGCCACCGGUAAAGAGUAUGCAUGCAAGUCAAUAGCAAAGAGGAAAUUGACCACUGAAGAGGAUGUCGAAGAUGUAAGAAGGGAGAUACAAAUAAUGCACCAUCUGGCUGGUCACCCCAAUGUGAUUUCUAUCAAAGGAGCAUAUGAGGAUGCAGUUGCUGUUCAUGUGGUAAUGGAGCUUUGUGCAGGUGGGGAGCUCUUUGAUAGGAUCAUUCAGAGGGGUCAUUACUCUGAGAGAAAGGCAGCCGAUCUUGCCAGGAUCAUUGUUAGUGUAGUGGAAGCUUGCCACUCUUUAGGGGUAAUGCAUCGUGACCUGAAGCCUGAGAACUUCCUAUUCGUAGACACAAAUGAGGAGUCACCUCUAAAAACCAUCGAUUUUGGGUUGUCAAUAUUUUUUAAGCCUGGGGAGACAUUCACUGAUGUGGUUGGGAGCCCAUACUAUGUUGCACCAGAAGUACUACGGAAGCAUUAUGGUCCAGAGGCUGAUGUUUGGAGUGCUGGAGUAAUCAUCUACAUUCUUUUAAGUGGAGUCCCUCCGUUUUGGGCCGAAACCGAACAAGGAAUAUUUGAACAAGUUUUACAUGGUGAACUUGAUUUUUCAUCAGAACCUUGGCCUGGAAUUUCGGAAAGUGCGAAGGACCUAAUCAAAAGAAUGUUAAUGAGAAACCCGAAAAAGCGGUUAACUGCCCAUGAAGUUCUCUGCCACCCAUGGGUGCAGGAUGAUGGGGUGGCUCCAGAUAAGCCUCUUGAUUCUGCCGUCCUAACACGCUUGAAGCAAUUCUCUGCCAUGAACAAGCUCAAGAAAAUGGCUCUCAGAGUUAUUGCCGAGAGUCUUUCAGAGGAAGAAAUUGCUGGCCUGAAAGAGAUGUUCAAGAUGAUUGACACAGAUGGCAGUGGGUCGAUCACCUUUGAGGAACUUAAAGCUGGCUUGAAAAGAGUGGGUGCUAACCUCACGGAGUCUGAAAUCCAUGCUCUAAUGGAAGCAGCGGAUAUAGACAAUAAUGGCAGUAUUGAUUACGGAGAAUUCAUUGCAGCCACACUGCAUUUAAACAAAGCUGAGCGGGAGGAUCAUCUAUUUGCAGCUUUCUCAUAUUUUGACAAAGAUGGAAGUGGAUACAUCACACAAGAUGAGCUUCAACAAGCUUGUGAGGAAUUUGGUAUAGAAGACGUGCGCCUAGAGGAAAUGAUCCGAGAAGUGGAUCAGGAUAAUGAUGGAAGUAUAGAUUACAAUGAGUUUGUGGCCAUGAUGCAGAAAGGUAACCCCGUGUUUGGUAAGAAAGGCCUGCAAAAUAAUUUCAGCAUUGGUUUUCGGGGGGCACUGAAACUUGGGUGAACCCCCCCCUCUCUGUUUUCUACUAGGAUACAAAUUUGUAAAGAUUGGCCAGAGCAUGAAAGAGCGUAGUUGGUGUUCAUGUUGAGAGAGAGAGACAAUCUCUUUUAGCUGGCUGUUUGUAUUUAUUUUAGGUUUUCUCUUUUUCUUUCGUUCUUUUACCAUGAUUUGGAUCAGAGGGGAUGUAGUGUGUGUCCUGUCUCUGUAUAAAAGAACAGUUCUUUCUUCGCCUGUUUUGAGGCAAUGUAACCUCACCUUGAAGAAUCCGUCUUGAUGAGAAGUGCCAUGAUUGUUCAUUUAUUAUGGAAACUUGCAUGCAAAUGAACAGCGCCAUUUUUGCUAUCCCAUUGCAUACGGGAUCUAUUUCCUUUUACUGUAAAUUUGAAUUCUAUAUCUAUCA